GAAUGCGCGUACGGAGGCCCGCGAGGUUCCGGGGCCUCGGCGCUGCUCGGAGCUCCGGCGGUCUGAGCGCGGCAGGUGUCGCCUGGCGUCAUAAAUCAAGAAGAGUUGAGAAUCUGAUGGCAUGGCUUUAAUUACCUUGCGGAGGAACCUUUGCCAUUUGUCUCAUUUUCGGAUCCAUGGAGCUCUGGCUGCUUUGAAAAAUCAUCCUGUAAAUUAUGUUCACAAGGUUUCCGAGGAGCGUCUGUGUCCGUGGUUCUGUUCACCACAGUCUGAGCCUUUCAGGGUCAGAUUCCAUCAUGGCCGUUGUAAAAAGUUCCAUUCAGAAAAUGGAAAGGACCUUAAUCCAGUUGGUGAGCCGGUGUUCUCUCAAGCACAUGAUUGGGAUAGGCCUGAACAAAAUCUUAAAAGUGGGGAUGAACAGAUGUUUUACAGGAGACUGAACAACUUCACCUCAUCAGAAGAAGUGUUAAGUUUUAUAAGCACGCUGCAAACUUUGCCUGAGACUCUAGCAGCAGGAGCCUUACAGCGGAUUUGUGAAGUGGAAAAAAAAGAGGGUAAUCAAAAGCUGCCAAAAGAAAUACUAAAGAAUAGUGUCUUUCAAGCCUUAUGCAUUCAGUGUGAACAGGAAUCCUCAGGUCUGCCAGACACCGUUUUGGUGACUGCUUUGCAAGCCCUGACUCUGUUGCACGUGGAUCCCCACAGUAGCUUGUUACUGAACCUGGUGGCCGAAUGCCAGCGUCGUCUCAAACGGGGUGGCCUGGAAGUUCACAGUCUUUGUGUUCUUGGGGAAAGUCUGAUUAAACUGCAAGGUCCAGGCUGUGCGACGCUAGAACUGAUUAUAUGUCAACUGAAAAGUGAAAAAUUGGAAGAAUUUACUCCUGAGGAUAUUGUGGCCCUUUAUAGGAUACUGCAGGCUUGUAGUGAAAAAGUGGACCAACACCAAGCAUUCCUAAAUAAGUUAAACAACUUCUCUCUGUCAGUAGUUUACAACUUGAGUCCUACAUUGAUGAGCCAGAUGCUCAGUGCCCUAGCAGUUCUUGAUCAAACUCAGGCACUUCCUCUGGUUAUAAAAUUGGGAAAAUACGUUGUGAGGCAUAUCCCUCAUUUUACUAAUGAAGAGCUCAGAAAAGUCUUAGAGGCUUUCAUAUACUUUGGGCACAAUGACAGAUUUUUUACAAAAGCCCUAGAGCAACAUGUAGCUUCAGUGUGUCUCACUUUGGAUCCUGAGGUUGUCAGCAAGGUCAUGGAGUACUGCAGUAGGAAAAGGAUUCUUUCAAAACCCAUCCUCAAUGCAGUGGCAGAAACCUUUGUUUGCCAGUCAGAAAAAUUUUUGCUUCAUCAGAUUUCUGAGUUAAUCGAACCUUUUGGAAAACUCAAUUAUUUGCCCCCAAAUGCCUCUGCUUUAUUUAGAAAGCUAGAAAACACGUUGCUCACUCAUUUCAAUUAUUUUCCACCCAAAACACUACUGAAAAUUCUCCAUUCUUGUUCACUAAUUGAAUGCCAUCCGGUCAACUUCAUGGCAAAAAUAUUCAGCCCUUAUUUUCUUCAAAAGCUGCAAGGUGAAGAAUUGUAUUUGGACAGACUGAGCCUUGCACAGCUGACCCAACUGUUCUUAACCUCAGUCCUAGAAUGCCCUUUCUACAAGGGUCAGAAACUUCUUCCUAAGUAUCAAGUGAGGUCAUUUCUUACUCCGUGCUCUUCCCUGGAGACGCCUGUGGAUUUUCACCUUUACAGAUCUGUGAAGAUUGGACUGAUUGACCUUUUGGGAGCAAGAUUGUAUUUUGCUUCAAAAGUGUUAACGCCCUAUUGUUACACAAUAGCCUUCAGCACAGCUGGGUGCGUUGCGGUGUGGACGAAUUCAAAGCAGAAGGAGGAGAGCAGGCGCGUAGUGUUUGUGAGGGCACCACACGGAGAAUGUUUCCUUUCUUCUCUCACCAGAUGUUGAAAUUAAAUUAGACGAAGAAGCAUUUGUACUGCCAUAUACAGUUGACGAAGAUGUGCAUAAAAGGUAAAGAAAAUUGGUAUGGUUUUUAUGUGACAAGACGUGGCGAGCUUGAUAAUCGAUGCUAUUUUCUCAAGGUGGGAAAGUUCAUGUGGUUCUGGAAGUAAAGACGGUAGAGUGCAGCAGCCCAAUUGUGGAAAUUCUGUGUAACAUCAACAUUAAUGUUAAUAAACUUGAGUGCAGUUUCAGCAUAGGAAAGGAUAGCACACCCGUGAGUUCCUGAAAAUAACGCUGACACACUGAAGUAGCCGAAUCCCCAGUAAACCCUUGCCACAAAAAAUGUAUAAAUAUUUUGGAUUGUCUUAAAAAUUGAGUUUCUCCCUCUUAUUAGAUAAAGGGCUAGUAUCCAAAAUCUAUAAAGAACUUAUCAAACUCAAGAACCAAAA